GCUCGUUGUCCCUGACGGGCGUUGCUAAAUGUCAUGAGGCUUGAUCAACACCAGACACUGAGCAUUACGCAGUUGCAUCUCUCUCAUUUUGGCUGCCUUCCUGCACUGCAAUUCCACGGGAUCUUUUCCACUCCUGUACAGCAUACUUGAAAUCCAGCCUAAUUGGCAACCUCACAACACAAUGGCGUCGCAAGAACGGAUAUCGGUGCACAACCUCGCCGAUCUCAAGAACACCUCGGACGAUGCCAUACCAAACUACCUCAACUCCCUCAAGUUCAAGCAGGACCACACCCUGACGGAUACGCGCCUGGCCCUGGGCUACGGCGCCUUCGUCCUCGCGGCGGCAUGCUUCGGCUGGGACUACAAGUUUGGGUUCGAGAACACGAAGCUCUACACGGCCGUCGCAGUGGGCGUGUACGCUCUGCUUAAUGCCGUGCUGACGUACUGGAUCACCAUGGUUGAGAAAGGCAUCGUAUACCAGGCCACGACGCCGGAUGGCGGCAAGAUCACAAUAAGCACCUCCACGACGAAGAAUGUACCAAUCUACAACAUGACCAUCACCGUGACCCCCAAGGGCAGCAAAUCCGCCUCGUCGUCCAAGAUAGAAAUCAAGCGCUCCUUCACCGAGUGGUUCGACUCGGCAGGCCACUUCAUAGCGCUGCCCUUCCAGACCAUACUCGCCACCGCCGUGCCCGUCAUUGGCCAGGCCGAUCCCAAGCGCGUGGCCUCUGCUACUUCUGCUGCUGCAACCGACAACACGAACGGUGUCUCCGAGGACCUCCUCAGCGCCGCGGACCCGGCAGUUCUCGACGCCCUGCUGGCUUCUCAGCAGACUUCUGCGUCAGGCUCAGACGUCGCGGCGGGGGCAAAGAAGGCCAAGGGCAGGAAGAAGGCGUAGAAGCAAUGUUGGGGGAUUUGAUACUGCAGGCAACAUUGUGCGCAGUCAUGCUGGAGACAAGAUUGGGCAAAUCUCGUUGGACCUUUAACUCAUGCUGUGCAAAAUAGGCACGGAACACGAGAACUUAUGAGACCUUAGUACCAAGUCAAUAGCAGAGAAGUGGUCGUUCCACGAGCGAGGUCAUGCCGCGCCAGUAAAGACAGCCUCACACAAAAGCGUCCAUAUGAUGGGAAGUUGCG